GCCUUCUUGAAAAAGAACCAAAACUUUUCACUGAGAUCCCUUGAAAGGCACAAAACAAUAGAGUCAUAGACACACACACACACUCUAAAGUCAUCAAGAACAACUAGCUAGCUCCAUGACUACAGGACACUACUCUGCCAAUUACCACCAAAUUGACUCAUACGGUACUGAUACCAGCUGGAUGAACACGAACCACGCCACGAUGGGCUACGCUGAUCAGGUACGCCGCUUUACGGAUUCUGAUGAGUACGAAAACCCGAUUCUUCAGCAUCUUCAGGGCUAUGGCACUGGAGGAGGGUAUGUCCUGAAAACCGAACGGGUGGUGGAGCACGUAACUCGUGCCCCUGUUGUUAGUAUCAUGAUGACUAAGUACAGGCCAUAUGGCAGUCCUGAUCAUGAAAAGGCAGAGAAGUUCAUCAGGGACUAUGGAGCAGAGAGGCGUUUUACACGACCUGGAGCGAUUCAUGAUCCUCCUGUGCAGAAUUUCCUUGCCAAAAUUCAAACUGAAGCUAGCCAGCCAAUCACUAAAGUCUCUGCUCCUUUCAUCAGGCCUAAUUGGCGGGCUCAUCCAAUCUCAUCAGGAAGACAAGAUGCUGAUCAUUACAAAAAUGGUAAAACAAAAUAUGACAGUGAUGAUGAUUAUGACAAAGACUUCAUCAAGGAUAUCCAUCAUGGAACGAAGGCAAAUCCAGUCUCUGCCACCAACAAAUACAACCUUUAUGAGAGGCCUAAUGAAGGCCCUGUGAUGCAGAAUCACACACCAGUUAGCAGGCCUAUAAAUGACAUUAAUGAUGGUGUUGAAAUACUAACUGGAGGCAUUAGGAAUAUUCAACCUGAUGUCAACAGGCCAUCAAGGGCUGGCAAUUUCGGGCUUGGCCGCUGGCGCAAUGGUUAUAGAAUGGACUCAGAUUCUGGAGAUUCAGACUCAGUGAAGGAACAGAAAACUCAUGGGAUGAACAACAAAGAUUACGAAAUGCCAGAAGGUAAUCAUAAAUCUGUUUCUAAACCCUUUGGAAAGGCUAAUUCUUUUCCAUUAGCUUCUCAUCAUCAGCAGCAACAGCAGCCACGUUUCUCAGUUCCUCAGAAUCAACUCAAUGAGGUAAACUCUUACUCUGAAUCAAUUGAUAGCAGUGAGGCGCGGAAGAAAUAUGGCAAACUGAAGCCUCAGGCCGGACCGAUCGAUCCGAAAGCAGGAACCAUUUCCAGUGAAGAUCUUAUCAAGAAGUACAAUGGGGCCAAAGUUCCAUGGUGAAGAUCCAAUAUAUAGCCCCUCCUGGCUAGCUGGCUACCUUGGACAACAUUGCGCAAUAAGAUUAGUAUAUUUGCUUUCUAAAUGCAACCAUGUAAUCUGUUUGGUGUUUUCUUGUCUUUGGUUCCUUUCAACUCAAUCAUCAAGCUUUGUGUUGGGGUAUCAAAUGAUUGGUGCUUUUAAUUUCUAUGUAAUGAUCAUCAGAUGUACCUAAAUAUAUGCUUAAUAUGAAAUGCAUAUUAGCUUGUCAUGAUUUGUGAGUCCAAACAUAUGCUUUUCUCGUAC